AUGGACAAGCUGAGCUCCUACACUGGCUCUGCCGGUGGGGUGAACAUCACACUCUCGCCGUCUCAGGAGGAAUUCAGGGACAGUCUUCGGGGAGUCAUCUCCACGUUUGAGAACACCGUUGGACAAGUGAAGGCCUUACUCCGAGACCCGCGCUUGUCUGUGUUCUACUCGCCGCCGACCUAUGACCUGAAGCUGUCUGUGGAUGAGGAGAAGGAGGAGGAGGAGAGGGAGCACCAGCGACCUUGGCCUGACAUUGAGCUCCUGUUUGGGGAGGACCCGGACUACCAGCACAUGAUCUCCGCCAACAUGACCCACCUGGAGAACGCUCUGGGAGAAGUCUUCAGCUAUGCAGAGGAUUAUACCAAGUUUACUGUAAUGGUGGACAAAGCUCGGCGUGUUGAUGUGGAUGCCUCCAUGACCCAGCGGGAGUGGACCACAGAGGAGUUCCACCAUGUUCUAUCCCAGCAUACCGAGCAGGUGCGGUCCAUGUUGAAGAUGCGGACCCACCAGAGGAUCGGGAUGAUGGAGGUGUUCAGCGACGGGUUCCAGCAGUCCUGCCUGCCCUUUCCUAAAGACGUGCUGGCCGCCAUCAACAGGAAGCUGCCCGUCAUCGCCAACAAGAAAAACGAGGAGCUCAUGAGGAUCAUUAAGGGAGCCUCCAAGAAACUAGACAACAUGCCUGAGUCUGUGGAGGAGUUUGUGGAACACUUGACCUUCCUGGGGCGCAUGGUGUCGGAGCUGCCUAUCCUGGAGAGGGAGUUUACUGUGGUCACCAGGCUGUUCGUCAUUGCCAAGAACUUCGAGGUGCCGGUACCUCCUGAGGAGCUGGCCCUGUACCAGACUCUGGCACCAAGCUUCCAGCAUCUCAAGUCCACCAUCCUGUACUGUGAAGCUAAGAAAGACGACAACAUCCGGAAGUUCAGCACGGACCUGGACAAGCACAUCAACAACCUUCGCUUUGAGCUGGUCGAGAUCAAGAGCAAGGUGAGAGAUCCGAAUCUGCUGAACCCCGACACCCUGACGGUGGUUGCCACGGAAACACUGAAGACGUUGAUGGAGGAGGUUGAGUACCUGUCCACCAAGGCCCGCAGCUACUCCAACUACCAGGACCGCUUCGGCAGCUCCAUAUCCGCACCCUCCAAGAUGAAAUCCUUCGCUGAAGAAGCCAUGAUGCUAGCGUCCAGUGACAGCGGUGCGAGUGCCCAGAUUGUGCAGGCAGACCUGUCGGAGGUGGAGCGUGACGUGACGUUACGGCAGCUGCUGUGGGAGUCCCUGGACGAGUGGGCGCGGCUGGAGGAGGGGUGGAGGGCCACGGCCUUCGAGCAGCUCAACGUCGACGCUGUGCAGAAAAAUGUCAACAGGUUCAGCCAAACUGUCUUCAUGCUGGAGAAAGGUCUGCCCCAUAAUGAGAUAGUGCCGAAGCUGAAGCAGUCAGUGCUGGACUUUAAGCAGGGCAUGCCUGUGAUCACCAGCCUGAGGAACCCGUACCUGCGCUCGCGGCACUGGGAGGCCAUCCAGGAGCUGAUCGGGAGGAGCAUCGUCAGGGACAAGAAGUUCACUCUGGGCAACCUGCUGGAGCUCAAGAUCUUCCAGCACAAGGAAAGGAUCGGGGACAUCUCCACCCAGGCCAGCAACGAGGCCACCCUGGAGGCAAUGCUGCAGAAGGUCAUCGAACUCUGGCACCACACAGACUUCCGCCUGGUGCCGCACAACGUCCGGCCCGACAUCAUGAUCAUCGCCGGCAUCGAUGACAUCAUGGCCCAGCUGGAGGAGAGCCAGGUUACCAUAGGAACCAUCCGUGGGUCGCGCUACGUCACGGCCAUCAAGACGCAGGUGGAGGAUUGGGACCGGCGGCUGGGCCUGUUCGCCCGCACCCUGGACGAGUGGAUGACGUGUCAGCGGCAGUGGCUGUACCUCGAGCAGAUCUUCACAACUCCUGACAUCCAGAGGCAGCUGCCUACCGAGGCUAAACUAUUCUCACAGGUGGACAAGUCCUGGAAAGACUUGAUGCGUCGCACAGAAGACCGCCCCAAUGCCCUGCGGUCUGCCACUGCCCCAGGUGUGCUGGAGAUCCUCCAGUCCAGCAACUCUCACCUGGAGAAGAUCCAGAAGUGUCUGGAGGACUACCUGGAGACCAAGCGCCUGGUCUUCCCUAGGUUCUACUUCUUAAGUAACGACGAGCUGCUGGACAUUCUUGCACAGAGCAAGAACCCGGACGCCGUGCAGCCGCACCUCAGGAAGUGCUUCGGGAACAUCGUGGCGCUGGAUAUCCGCAAGCUGACCCACCAGCCGGCCUACAUCAACAGCAUGACCUCCGCGGAGGGCGAGACCAUCGCCAUGCCGAAGAACGUGCGAGCGCGGGGCCCGGUUGAGCAGUGGCUGGGCAGCGUGGAGACCAGCAUGUACGACACGGUCAAGAAACACCUGAAGUCUGGCAUGGUGGACUGGAACCCGGGCGGGCUGACCACCUGGGUGCUGCACCAUCCCGGCCAGGUGGUGCUCACCGUGGCACAGAUCAUGUUCAACAGGGACGUGGUGAAGGCUUUCCGGGGCGUGUCUGUGCCGAGCGCCGUGACCCAGGUCAGGGACAGCAUGGUGGACACCCUGACGCGGCUGGCCAGGCUCGUUUCCACGCCAAUGCACUUCUACCAGCGCAUGACUCUGGAGGCUCUGCUGAUCAUCGAUGUGCACAACAGGGACAUCCUGAAGGAGAUGAUUGACGGGAAGGUGUACAAGGCGGACGACUUCGGGUGGACCAAGCAGCUGAGAUAUGAGUGGAACGAGCACACCAACUCCUGCAACGUGCUGCAGUGUAACGCCACCUUCCAGUACGGGUACGAGUACCUGGGCUGCUCCCCCAGGCUGGUCAUCACCCCACUCACGGACAGGUGCUACCUGACUCUAACGAGUGCCCAGAACCUGCACCUGGGGGGGUCCCCGGCAGGGCCGGCCGGCACAGGGAAGACGGAGACAGUCAAGGACUUGGCCAGGGUCAUGGGCAAGCAGUGUGUCGUCUUCAACUGCUCCGAGGCCAUCGACUACAAGAUGAUGGGCAGGUUGUUCUCAGGCAUGGCCCAGUCGGGGUCGUGGUGCUGCUUUGAUGAGUUUAACAGGAUUGAUGUGGAGGUUCUGUCCGUCAUCGCCCAGCAAAUCCACACCAUCAAAACUGCCAAGGACGGAGGAGCGCUCAGGUUUCUGUUUGAGGGGAGAGAUAUCCGGCUGAACAUGACCUGCGGGUUCUUCAUCACCAUGAACCCUGGGUACAAAGGUCGCGUGGAGCUGCCCGACAACCUCAAGUCUCUCUUCCGCCAGGUGGCCAUGAUGGUCCCAGACUACGCACUCAUCGCUGAGAUCAUGCUGUUCUCAGAAGGCUUCACAGCCGCCAAGUCCCUGUCCACGAAGAUCGUGAACCUGUACCAGCUGGCGAGUAAGCAGCUAUCGCAGCAGGACCACUACGACUUCGGCAUGCGCGCCAUCAAGUCUGUCCUGGUCAUGGCGGGACAGAGGAAGAGCAGCAUGCAGGAGGCACAUCCAAAUCAGGUCCUGAAUGAGCAGAAGGAAGCACACAUCCUGAUCCAGGCCCUGCGAGACGCGAACCUGCCCAAGUUCCUGGCCGAGGAUGUGCCGCUGUUCGAGUCCAUCCUGGCUGACCUGUUCCCUGGGAUCGUUUUCCCAGAGCCAGAGAGCGGAGUCCUGGAGAAAGCCAUCCAUGUGUCGAUCCGUGACCUUGGGCUGCAGCUGUGGCCUCUGCAGCUGGAGAAGGUGGUUCAGCUGUACCGGCAGAUCAUGGUUCGGCACGGCGUGAUGCUGGUGGGGCCGACCGGCGGGGGGAAGACCACCUGCCGGAACAUCCUGCAGCGCGCCCUGGUCCUGAUGCCGGCCAUGCAGGAGGAGGGGACCGUGGGGAUGCAGCUGAUGGGCACCGGCAAGAAGGGGAAGGUGGAGACCUUCACCCUGAACCCGAAGUGUGUGAAGCUGGGGGAGCUGUACGGUGCCACCGACCCGAACACCCUGGAGUGGACGGACGGGCUGAUGGCUUCCGCCGUGCGCAGGUUCGCUCGUGAGCUCACCGCCGGGCCAGAGACACAGGCAGAUGAGUGGGACCAGCGGCCUCCUACUACAGCAAGCAUGGGAUCGGGUUACACCAGAACAGAUACUGGGACCCCAGCUACUCCUGAAGCAGACAUCGAGCCGGAUGCUGUAGCUGAUGUGAAAGAACCAGAAGGGCAGCUGUCUACUCACAAGGAGGAGAUCCCCACAGACUGGAGGUGGCUGGUGCUGGAUGGGCCUGUGGACACACUGUGGGUGGAGAACCUCAACACAGUGUUGGACGACACCAAGACGCUGUGCUUGGCCAACGGAGAGCGGAUCUCGCUGCCCUCCGGCAUCCGCCUCACCUUCGAGGUGGACAACCUGUCGCAGGCCAGCCCCGCCACCAUCAGCAGGUGUGCCAUGGUCUACAUGGAUCCAGUGGACCUAGGCUGGAGGCCUUUUGUGAAAACAUGGCUCACUAGGCUGCCCAGAGAUAUCCCUGAGACGGGCCGGACCCACCUGGAGAAGCUGUUUGAGCUGAGCAUCGACGACGGUCUGGCCUUCAUGACCCGGCGGAGGAAGCACCAGCACCUGCCGGCCACCGAGCUGGGCAUGGUGUCCUCCCUCUGCCGCAUCCUGUCCGCUCUGCUGGACUUCAUGGGCAAAAAUGGGGGCUUCGGGGUGCAAGAUGAGGAGACGGAAGAGCGGCCUGACAGCGCGAGCAGUCGGCACUCCAGCGCGUCCCGCAGCUCGGCAACAUCACGCGACAGCCGGCGCCAGAAGAAGAAACGUCGGGAAGAGAGAAGGGCACAGCUGUACCAGGAUGCACUGGGAAAGAAGGGCAGAAGGGAUGACAAGAAGUGGUACAUGGAGAAGCAUCCUCGUGACGUGGCCGCACUCCUGGGGAAGAUGGAUGAUAAGAAGUGGUACAUGGAGAAGCAUCCUCGUGACCUGGCGGCACUCCUGGGGAAGAUGUUUGUGUUUGCCUUAAGAAGUUAUUCUUCCUUGCGUUACAGGGAUGAUAAGAAGUGGUACAUGGAGAAGCAUCCUCGUGACCUUGCCGCGCUCCUGGGGAAGAUGGAUGAUAAGAAGUGGUACAUGGAGAAGCAUCCUCGUGACCUUGCGGCGCUCCUGGGGAAGAUGGAUGAUAAGAAGUGGUACAUGGAGAAGCAUCCUCGUGACCUGGCCGCGCUCCUGGGGAAGAUGUUUGUGUUUGCCUUUACCUGA